AUGGAGAAGGAUUCGUGGCACAGGGCCAGUGACGCUUGGGGACCUCCCACGCUUUUGGGAAACUCUGGGGAACUCCUGGCCGUUCCGUCGAAAGGAGUGCAGAGAGAUGCGGCCAAUGAGACAAGAGCGAGUGAGCAAGUGAAACAGAACCCCAAGUGA